UGAAUGACUCGGUCAGCUGUUCGAGAGUGAUGUGCUCUCAUCGAGCUCACAUUCUUGCGCUCCUUCAUGCCGAGCAUCUCGAUUGGGGUUCGUGGAUCCGAAGAAGCGGGGACGAGCUCAGCAGAGCUCCACGAGCGCUUCUGACCCGCGCACGUCACGGCUCGCAACGCUCAAAGGUGCCUGGCUGGCUGGAACGCGCCAAUGUCAAAUCGCGCGACGAGUCGACAAUCGAGUUCGCAAGCGGUCCCUACCCCGCAAUGUCUCCCUUCUCUGCCUCCCACAGUCUUGCGAAGACUGGCUGUGUUCCCACUCUGCGCUUCUCAGACGUCCUGGCUCAUGGUCGCAACCACGCUCGACAUCUGACCAAGCACUAGUGGCAAUUGAUCGCGCACGGUCCUCGACUGUAUGCUCGCCGUCGUAGCUUGAUAGCUAUCGCACACGCAGACAUCUCCUCGAGCAGAGGAAAGUAUGGUCAAUGUGCAGAAGCUCAGUGCAGUUUUGGGCCACUCCCGCGAAUCAUGGGAACAAGAUUUGCCGCAUGCCGCGCAGAUGCUGCGAUCAAAAUCCGCUGGCUCGGAUCAGACUCACAACCUCAUCAAAGUCGAUUCGGCUGCAUCGUCGCCCUCGUUCCAAUCCGCAGUCAGUAUCACCAAGGUCUUUGCUAAUGGACAACGAAUGAAGCAUAUGAAGCCUGACGUUCAUCUCAUCGCUUGGGCGAGCUCUGUCGAGAGAUUAGAUGAUACGCCGCCUUCGCUCGGAUCUCCCGCCUGUCCCUCUUCGCCUGGCUCGUCCUUCGUCAGCGACGACGACUCUGAUACGCCUCGUCCACUGACACCGCACACAUGCGAAUUCCCGAUAGGGCUCGGCAUCGAGUUGGAGGCAUCUGACGUGCUACAAUCAAAAUGGUCGAGACCUCAUCCACGCGUCAUCCCUAAUCGCGUAGACUCGCUGCCGAAUGGCGACAUGCAAACAAGGUCUCCCUUGCCGGACUCAGUGACAGCCUGUCAAAACAGGGAGCACAAGCUCCACAAAAUACUGAGCGAGGACACUUUCUGCGAGUUUAUCAAAGACGCGGUCGCUCUGCACUCUUUUCGGACGUAUCUGCAAGAUCAGCACGAGAGCAAGCACGAAAGGGCGCUUGAUGCGCUCCAUGAUUGCCAGCUACUGCAUGCCCUGCAACAUACUGUGCAACAGAGCGCACGAGCAAUCGACGAUCUCUACCUCCGCAGCCACGGAGGAUCUUGUGACGACAUCGGUCUGGGAAGCGAUGCUUUCGUCAAGGCACAUGAUGACCUACGUAGUCUCCUGGUCGCCAGCGAUCAACUGCAAGGCCAGCUGACGGACUUGCUUUACAAGCCAUUUCAAGCAUACGUCAAGCGACAGCUCCUUCGGAAAUGCUCAGUAGGACUUGCUCAGCCCUCACUCGAUCGGUGUCAGAUGUCAGGUCUCGCCACAUCUUGGACUUUGGCUACCAUGGCGAACGAGCCCAGUAUUCUCGCUUGCUCGCGCGAAUUCGAAGACCUUUCUUGCUACUCUCUAGAAGGGGUCUUGGGCCGCGACUGUCUUUUCCUUGAGACUCUAGCUACUUCGAAUGACGCUAUCGAAGGCAUCAAGCGUCAAUUCGCGAAACAGGAAGCAGCGAUCGAGCUGCUCGGCAACUACAGAAAGGACGGACAGGCCUUCAUCAACAUGCUUAUUAUCUUGCCUUUGUCAUAUGUCAGCGGCAAGGUUGAUCUGUACCUCGCCGGUCACAUCGACGUAACCCAAAUAUUGCUACAAUCUGACGACCUCAAAUCGCUUGCUGAAGUGUCGCGGCCGUACGACAGCGUCAGCAGAGCUGCUCUUCACUCGCAAGCCAGUGCGGUCUCGCCCAGUAUGCUCAAGCACCUGUCGGGUCAAAAAUCGGGAGCUUUCUCGGACGAAGGCAUAGAUUGCCGAAGCGCUAUGUCCUCGCCAGCAUUUGCUUAUUUUCCUACGACUAUACCGACCCGAAGUCGUCACAGAUCAGAGCGGAGUGACGUUCCCGAGAGCAUCGAGAUGGACGAAUCGAUUACUUUGCGGCCCCGUCGAAAGCCCUCGCAGACGUUCAAUACGAUCUUUCGGAACUUAUGCGAAACGAUCCAUCUGCCCGGUACACCUGCUAGGAGCAGAGCUUCCUCACUAAAGGCGACGGAUCAUAUGCCAUUGUCAUGUUAUGAUAAUCUUAUGCUCUUCGAUUCGAAUCGCAAGAUCUGCUACACCUCUGACAGCUUGCUACGUCUACUCGAUAUGUCCACGAAGAGCAAGAGUCAGUUGCUUGGCGUCGAUCUGCUCAAGCUUCUGCAGAGCGACGCCGAUGGGCGACAGCUCGUCCUGACGGGUCUAAGCACCGACAAGGCAAGGGCAGACGAAACCAGCAAGCUGCGCAAUCGCAUUGAAUAUGCCAUCGCUCACUGCACCACUUUCGCGGUACGUGCCGGCCUACGUUGGUCGCCACUCGCAAGUCUGCGGACGAAACAGCCACUCAAGAGCUGCAUGUUGCACGGCACGCCACUCUUCGCGCACAGCAGGGUAGCAACCUACGUCUUGGUUGUCACACGGCUGGACUGAGAACCGGUUAGAAUAACUGCUACAAUCGUAACGUUACAGACUUCUAGAUGCCUUCGUGAGGGAGCCCGGCUUGGUGAGAUGACUUUUUGAUUAUGCCUCGUCGAGACACCGCGAGCUUUGCUGGCU